AUGGGGAUUCCCGAUGACCAAGCCGUCGGAUCUAGCCCGCCUUCAUCAUCUGGAGCCGAGCGAUCCUCGCAUGGCGGUCAGAGCAGGCUGAUCAUCACGGAGAUGGUCCUCGAGAACUUCAAGUCGUACGCGGGCGUGCAGCGCGUAGGACCGUUCCACAAGUGCUUCUCGUCGGUCGUCGGCCCCAACGGCAGCGGCAAGAGCAACGUGAUCGACGCCAUGCUCUUCGUCUUCGGGAAACGCGCGAAGCAGGUUAACGCUGUAGUCGUGUCGUUUCAGGAUGACGAGAAGUACGAGUCUGUACCGGGAUCGGAGUUCGUUAUAUCGCGUACGGCGUACCGCAACAACACGUCCAAGUACCACGUGGACGACCACGCGAGCACGUUCACGGAGGUGACGAGGCUGCUUAAGGCCAAGGGGGUGGACCUCGACAACAACCGCUUCCUCAUCCUGCAGGGCGAGGUGGAGCAGAUCGCGAUGAUGAAGCCCAAGGCGCAGGGCCCGCACGACGAGGGGCUGCUGGAGUACCUGGAGGACAUCAUCGGCUCCAACCAGUACAUUGAGCAGAUCGACGCCGGCGCCAAACAGCUGGAGGAGCUGAACGAGCGGCGCGUGGGGCUGGUGGAGCGAGUGAAGCACGCGGAGAAGGACAAGGACACGCUGGAGGAGGCGAAGCGGGCGGCGGAGGCGUACAUGGUGAAGGAGGCGCAGUGCGCGCAGUGGGGCAUGGUGGGGCGCGCGCUGGCGCUGAGAGAGUCGCAGGGCAAGGCGGGCGCGCUGGGCGCCAAGGUGGCGGAGCUGGAGGGCACGCUGACGGCGGAGAAGGAGAAGUGCGCAGGGCUGCGGGAGGAGCUGCAGGUGAAGACAGACGCGUGCGAGAAGUGCAACACAGAGUAUGAGGCGCUGUGCGGGGAGCUGGAGGCGGCGAGGGCGGACUUCAAGGAGUACGAGCGCAAGGACGUGAAGAUGCGCGAAGACCUCAAACACUGCAAGGCGCGCCUCAAGAAGCUCGCCGAUAAGAUCGCCAAGGACACAGCCAAGGCGGAGGAGGUGGAGAAGGCAGCAGCGGCGGCGGAAACGGCCAUCCCCGAGCUCGAGAAGACGGCAGCCGCGCUGGCACCGCGGCUGGCGGAGGCGGAGAAGAAGCUGGAGAGCAUUCAGGAGCACGUCCGAGUGGAGGUGGAGCGGCAGCAGCAGCAGCUGGGCCCGCUGCAGGAGCAGCUGGCGCCGUGGGAAGAGAAGGCGAGCGCCGCCAAGGCCAAGGCUGACGUCACGCGUACGAAGCUCAGCCUCAUCCGCGACAAGCACGCGGCAGCAGAGAAGCAGCUGGAGGCGGUGCGGAAGGCGAUAGAGGAGCGCGAGGAGGGGCGGAAGCAGAAGCAGGAGCAGCUGAAGCGCAUGGAGGCGGCCGUGAGGGAGAGCGAGGCGGUGGCGGCUGCUAGCGCCAAGGAGGAAGAGGCCAAGGCGGAGGAGGAGGCAGCGGCGCGCGCAGAGGCGGAGGCGGCGCAGGGGCGCGCGGCGGAGAUGAAGGAGGCGGCAGCGGCGCAGCGCAGCAGCAGCGCCAUCCUGACGGCGCUGCUGCAGGCGAAGCGGGACGGCAGCAUCCCGGGCAUCUACGGCCGCCUGGGUGACCUGGGCGCCAUCGACGGCAAGUACGACGUGGCAAUAUCAACGGCGUGCGGUGCGUUGGAGUACAUAGUGGUGGACAACAUCGAGACUGCACAGGCGUGCACGGCGCUGCUGAGGGAGCGACAGCUGGGAGUGCAGACCUUCCUCGCCCUGGACAAGCAGCAGCACCUGGUGCGGGACAUGUCGGAGAAGUUGAGCACGCCGGAGGGGGUGCCGCGGCUGUUCGACCUGGUGCAGGUGCAGGACGCGCGCCUGCUGCCCGCCUUCUGGUUCGCCCUGCGCAACACGCUCGUCGCCGCCUCCCUGGACCAGGCCUCGCGCAUCGCGUACGGCGCGGACGCGCGGUUCAGGCGGGUGGUGACGCUGGCGGGGGAGAUGUUCGAGUCCAGCGGCACCAUGGCGGGCGGCGGGGGGCGCCCCCGCGGCGGCCGCAUGGGCAGCUCGCUCAAGGCCGCGGCGGCGGCGGCAGGCGGGGGAGUGACGCGGGAGAUGGUGGAGGAGGCGGAGAGGGAGGUGGCGGCGGUGGUGGCUCGCCUGGAGCGCGCGAGGGAGGAGAGGAGGGCGGCUGUGGCAAGGAGAGAGGAGGCGGAGAGGGUGUUGAGGCGGCUGGGAAUGGACAUUCCCAAGGUCCACAUGGAGGUAACCGCUUGUGUUAGACCCCGUCUCCCUUUAAUGCCCUUGGAUGUUGCACCCCUCACAGUUCACUCCUCUCACGCAUCGCACUCUCUCCCUCCUUCUCCCUCCCGUCCUGGGCAGAUCGAGUCGCUGGCAGCGCAGGUGGGAGAGCUGCAGCAGCGCGUGCAGGGGCUGCAGGCGGCGGCCGUGACGAGCGCGGAGGAGGAGAGGCAGAUGGGCGCGCUGCAGCAGCAGCUGGCGGGCGAGGAGGGCGACGAGGCGCGCAUUGGGGAGGAAAUGGCGCCGCUGGUGGCGGCGGUGGCGCGCGUGCAGCAGGCCAUCGCUGAUGCCGGCCGGGAGGCGCUGGGCGAACAGAAGGAGCACGUGGCCGCCAUCCAGAAGGCCAUAGACGAGGCGCAGACGGGCAUCAACCAGAGCCAGGUGACGGUGGCCUCAAGUGGCCGCAGCCUGGAGAAGCUGAGGAAGGCGGUGGGGGAGGCGGAGGAGGAGAGGGCGAGGGCGGAGGAGGAGAUGGCACGGAUGAAGGAGGAGAUGAACGCCGUCAUGCAGGAGGCCUUUGCUGUCAACGACAACUACGAGCGCCUGCGCCAGCUAGUGGAGGGCAAGAAGGAGGAGUAUGGCGGCAUGAAGAAGGAGUUCCUGGCCAUCAAGGCGCAGCUCGACAAGAUGCGCACCGGAGAGGUGGAUGUGGAGCUGAAGCUGGAAGAUGCGAGGAAAGCGCUGAGGGCGAGUCAGGAGACGGCUCGCCUGCAGAGGGAGAAGCUGAGGGCGCUGGGCGCGCAGCUGAGGCAGCACAUCGCACAGAUGCAAGCGGAGGGCAUUGCAGAGGAGGACGCGGAGGCUGCAGGGCUGCCGUGGGACCUGCGGGAGGAGGAGGGGGAGAGGCAGGGCAGGGCACGACCGGCACCAGCAGGCGCAGCAGAGAGAGGAGGAGGAGGAGGGGAGGAUGAGGAGAUGGAGGAGGAUGAAGCUGCAGAGCAAAGGGCAGGAGGUGUGGGUGACGCCGGGACAGCAGAGGGGGGAGACGGUGAGCUGGAAAGGCUGUUGGGUCGCCUGUGUGGUAACCUUGUCCGUGCGGUUACCAGUCGGGAGGAGGCAGCAGCAGGGGAGCAGCGGCUGCGAGCAGAGCUGGAGGCACUCAAGGGGAACCUCAACCUGAGCUCCAUUGCCGAGUACCGCAAGAAGGAGGCGGUGUACGCACAGAGGCUGGGCGAGCUGGAGGGAGUGACAGCGGAGCGAGACAGCGUGCGGGUGGCACAGGAGGAGGUGAAGCGGCGGCGGCUGGAGGAGUUCAUGGCGGGGUUUGACGCCAUCACGAUGCGGCUGAAGGAGAUGUACCAGAUGAUCACGCUGGGCGGCGAUGCUGAGCUGGAGCUGGUGGACUCACUGGACCCGUUCAGCGAGGGCAUUGUGUUCUCCGUGCGCCCGCCCAAGAAGAGCUGGAAGAACAUCUGCAACCUCUCCGGGGGGGAGAAGACACUGAGCUCGCUGGCGCUGGUGUUCGCGCUGCACCACUACAAGCCCACGCCCCUCUACGUCAUGGAUGAGAUCGACGCCGCUCUUGACUUCAAGAACGUGUCCAUAGUGGCGCAUUACAUCAAGGAGCGCACUAAGAACGCCCAGUUCAUCAUCAUCAGCUUGCGCAACAACAUGUUUGAGCUGGCGGACCAUCUCGUUGGAAUAUACAAGACACACAACUGCACCAAGAGCAUCACCAUCAACCCACGUAGCUUUGCACCUAUAGCCGUUGGCGCGACCAUGGCUUCUGAGGAUCUGCCUCGUGGCUCCGUAGCGGUCAUGUCGGAGGUGGAGGUCAUGUUCGCUUUCCUUGCCUACGCCGUUCCAAUAGUGGCGAUGAUCUCGUACCACAAACGCAGCACCCAGUGGUACCACAACCACAUGGCUGCAGCAUUCGGUCCUGACUGGAGAAACCACUCGCCAGUGGCUGGUCUGCGAGCAGCCAACGAGGAGGCAACACAAAGCAAGAGGCUCCCCAGCUUGCCAGAAUACCCAGAGGAAGAGCAAGAGGAGAAAGAGCAGCAGGAGAGUGCAGGGGAGGGAGAAGGGGUUGAGAAGAAGUCGGGCAAGGGAGAAAUCGGAGAAGAGAAGGGGCAGCAGCAAAAACCCCAAGAGGGGAUGAAGGGGGAACAGCUGGAGAAGCAGAAAGAAAAGGUCAACGCAGGCCAGAGAAAUCAGCGAGCGAGCCACAGGUCACUUUUCAACGUGCGGAAUCUGAGCAGUCCUUCUGUCUUCCUUCCUGCCAUCCUCGCCCUCUUGAUGGCCGUGCCUCUCGGCCUUGGGAGUGGGUUGAUCGGCUUCAUGCAUGGCGUGGUUUUGGGCCCACAAGAGGCCAUCACUUCUGCACUGUAUGGUGUUGCUGCUGGAGCACUGUACCCAUUUCAUUUGCCUGGGUUGCUCAGAGACCAAAAGCAUGCACAUGAAGAUUAG